CUUCUAACUCCAGCUAAAACACAGACCUAUGGACUAGCAACCAACACUUUGGAUGAAUCCUUCAGACUUUUAAAGUGACUCCUCUUAUUUACAUCACUCCUGAGUCUAUACUGUUUGGAAAAGGACAGAAGGAGUAUUUUCAGAGAACAGGUGCAUUUAAAAGAAAGCUCCUGCAUACAUAGCCGACGCGCCACCUACUGCAAAACCGAGCUGACAGCACAGGCGAUGCUGCCAGCAUUUCCAUUCCAUCGCCAGGCUGGGACUGAAUAAAGGCGUGUUUGUGUGGUAGUGUUUCUGUCUUAAAAGCCUCACAGCCAAGAACGAGCUGAAAUAGCAUCUUCAGAAAUGGAGCGUAAAAUAAUCAGAAGAGAAAAAGAAAAGGAGUAUGAAGGGAAACACAACAGCCAGGAAGACACUGACCAAGGAAAGAACUGCAAAUCUACACUGAUGACCCUCAACGUUGGUGGAUAUUUAUACAUUACUCAAAAACAGACACUGACCAAGUACCCAGACACUUUCCUUGAAGGUAUAGUAAAUGGGAAAAUCCUCUGCCCAUUCGAUGCUGAUGGCCAUUAUUUCAUAGACAGGGAUGGGCUCCUCUUCAGGCACGUCCUAAACUUCCUACGAAAUGGAGAACUUCUGUUGCCUGAAGGGUUUCGAGAAAAUCAACUUCUUGCACAAGAAGCAGAAUUCUUUCAGCUCAAGGGACUGGCAGAGGAAGUGAAAUCCAGGUGGGAAAAAGAACAGCUAACACCCAGAGAGACCACUUUCUUGGAAAUAACAGAUAACCAUGAUCGUUCACAAGGACUGAGGAUCUUCUGUAAUGCUCCUGAUUUCAUAUCAAAAAUUAAAUCUCGCAUUGUUCUGGUGUCUAAAAGCAGGCUGGAUGGAUUUCCGGAGGAGUUUUCAAUAUCGUCAAAUAUCAUUCAAUUUAAAUACUUCAUAAAGUCUGAAAAUGGCACUCGACUUGUACUAAAGGAAGACAACACCUUUGUCUGUACCUUGGAAACUCUGAAGUUUGAGGCUAUAAUGAUGGCUUUAAAGUGUGGUUUUAGACUGCUGACCAGCCUGGAUUGUUCCAAAGGGUCAAUUGUUCACAGCGAUGCACUUCAUUUUAUCAAGUAAUUACCUGUCUUAUGAACAAAGGCAACAAGCAUGCAGCCAGCAAGCUUCGGAAAACCACAGCAUCAAAGGCAUCCCAAAUAACGUGCCCAGCUAGCUCUGUACUACAGAGCCCUGCUGCUAAUCAAGUACUGUGAGCUAAUGGUAUGUAAAUUCUAUCGCUAAACAUGUUCUUCUCUGGGGUAUUCCUGCAGAUUGGACUCUUCCACCUAAAAUGAAAACAAUAAUCUUCUAUAUUCUGUAAAUAAAGACUGAAUGUGUUUGCUAUUGUUUAUUUUUCCUUAAGCUGUUUUCAAUCAGAAUGUCUUGGGCACUUGCACAAAAAACAAGCAUGUACAUUAUCUUUAGUGCAUUUAAGUAAAUGGUAAUUAAAUAUUUUAAGGGGCUAUAAGGUUUAAAAUCCUUAAUACUUAUGGCAGAAAUCUACAAAGAAACUGAACUGGUAAAAUUACCACUGAAAGCAAAACAGAUGUGCAGAUCUACCUAGAACAGAGUUAUAGUGAAACAAAAGGAGAUUGUAAAAAGCUGUUAAAGCUAUUUAUUUGAUUUUUAAAAACAGGAACCAAAAGCUUAUUCACAAUUUCUGUAUCUCACUCUGGAAUUAUAGCUUAAUUGAUAUUAUGCUGAAAAUUCCUAGAAAACUGCUUGACAA